UAUAAUCAUCUGGAUUCGCUUCCAGACAUUACAACGGAAGCUUUGUACAGAGCCAGGCACAAGUAACUAAUUUGUGUUAGAACAAAUAUGGUUUCAGAAGUUGUUUGCGUUACUGGUGCGUCCGGCUUCAUCGGUUCAUGGCUUAUCAUGAGACUCUUAGAGAGAGGCUACAGUGUUCGAGCCACCGUGCGGGAUCCCAAUAACAUGAACAAAGUGAAGCACUUGCUAGAGUUGCCAAACGCAAAGACCCACCUGACUUUGUGGAAAGCUGAUAUGACUGAAGAAGGAAGCUUUGAUGAAGCAAUCAAAGGAUGUACAGGAGUCUUUCAUGUCGCCACUCCCAUGUUUUUUGAUGCUAAGGAUCCUGAGAAUGAAAUGAUAAAGCCAACAAUAAAUGGGAUGCUGGAUAUCAUGAAAGCUUGUAAAAAUGCAAAAACGGUGAGAAGACUAGUAUUCACAUCAUCUGCAGGAACCCUGGAUGUUGAAGAACACAAAAAGCCAGUUUACGAUGAAUCCAGUUGGAGUGAUCUAGAAUUUGUCUUGGCCACAAAGAUGACUGGAUGGAUGUAUUUUGUAUCGAAGACCCUGGCCGAGCAAGCUGCCUGGAAGUUUGCUGAAGAGAACAACCUUGAUUUUAUCAGCAUAAUUCCAUCUCUUGUGGUUGGUCCAUUUCUAAUGCCAUCAAUGCCACCUAGUUUGAUCUCUGCACUUUCACCAAUUACUGGAAAUGAAGAUCAUUAUUCAAUUAUAAAGCAAGGCCAGUUUGUGCAUUUGGAUGAUCUCUGCAACUCUCAUAUAUUUCUGUAUGAGAAACCUGAGGCAAAAGGUCGUUACAUCUGCUCUUCAGAUUCAGCUACCAUUCUUGAAGUAGCAAAAUUGCUCAGAGAAAAAUACCCAGAGUACAAUAUUCCCACAAAGUUCAAAGGCGUGGAUGACAACUUAGAAAAUUACAAAUUCUCUUCUAAGAAGCUUACGGAUUUGGGAUUUAAGUUCAAAUACAACUUGGAAGAUAUGUAUACAGGAGCUGUGGAGACUUGCAGAGCCAAAGGACUGAUUCCUCUUUCUCAUGAAAAUCGCAUCAAUGAGUAGACCAAUGUCGGUGUCACAGACAGCAAACCACCACCAAGUCCCCGCUUUUCAGCUGCGCAUUGUUUCCUUGGUUUUCUAUGAGAUCCUUUAAGUCUUCAUGCACUUACUCCAUUACUACUUACUCCAUUAUGUCUUAAAAUAAAUAUAUACAUUUAAUAAAUGCCUAUUAUAUCA